AUGUCAUUCGAAAUCUUAGUUCCUUCUGAGAGAGAGGCCCCUGGUGUCACCGACACCUUCUUUGCCGCCAUGGACAUCAACCUGCUGAUGCACGCACAAUUUCCCAACCCUGAGAGCAGGGAGUUUUUCCGAGGCUGGCUUUUCAGAGAUACUAUGGAUCAUGUCCAAAGCGUCGACAAGGGUGUUCUCGUUGCACGCGACCCAGAGACCGGGAAAAUAGCGAGUUUCGCUAAGUGGAACGUUCAGCGGUCGCGAGAAAUAGAAGAAGAAGAAGAAGAAGCCGAUGAGGAUGAGUUUCCAGACUUCUGCCGUCGUCAAUACCUUGGCCCCUACGCGGAUCUUACCAAGAGUAAGAGAGACAAGGUCCUGGGUGACAAGACUUAUUACCACGUGACAUAUCUAUGCACAGAUCCCAAGUUCAAUGGCCGAGGGGCUGCGUCAACUUUGCUUCGUCGAGUGCAGGCCGAGGCAUCCAAAGAGAAUGCACCGGUUAUUCUCGAGGCUACCAUGAAUGCGGUCUCGUUUUAUCAAAAACUAGGCUUCCAGAUUCAAGAGGAGCUAAACAUGAUACUCCCAGCUCGUGGCUCAGAUGAACCAACUGAAUACUACGAAGAGAGAGUCAUGGUUUGGACACGAGACUGA